CAGGAAGUCACGACCCAAAAACAUCGAUUCUCCGUCGCUUGUUCCAACGUCCAGACCAACAAACAUUUACCCCCCUCUCUCUCACACAAAUCGUCGUAGUGUUUUUACAAUCGCCUAGUCGCCCUCGAAUCCUUCACUCAUACACUUCUCCUCGUCAACAUCCAACUUACAAUCAUGUCUGACGUCCCCAAUACCUCUGUCUCCCCCGCCAACGAGGGCGCUGCCCCCGACGCUGGCGCCAACGGCAACACCGUCAACACCAACGUCCCCGCUGCUGAAGGCGGUGAGGCCGCGACCCCAACCUCCGCUGCGCCCGCCGCACACCAGAACUCGGCUUCGCUGUACGUCGGUGAGCUCGAUCCGUCGGUGACGGAGGCUAUGCUUUUCGAGCUUUUCUCCUCCAUCGGCCAGGUCGCCUCCAUCCGUGUCUGCCGUGACGCCGUCACCCGUCGCUCGCUCGGAUACGCCUACGUCAACUACAACAGCGCCGAGGAUGGCGAGAAGGCUCUCGAGGAGCUCAACUACACCGUCAUCAAGGGCAAGCCCUGCCGUAUCAUGUGGUCUCAGCGUGACCCCGCCCUCCGCAAGACCGGUCAGGGCAACGUCUUCAUCAAGAACUUGGAUGUCGCCAUUGACAACAAGGCUCUUCACGAUACCUUUGCUGCUUUCGGUAACAUCUUGAGCUGCAAGGUCGCCCAGGACGAGGCUGGUAACUCCAAGGGCUACGGAUUCGUUCACUACGAGACCGCCGAGGCCGCUACCAAUGCCAUCAAGCAUGUCAAUGGUAUGCUUCUGAACGAGAAGAAGGUCUUUGUCGGCCACCACAUCCCCAAGAAAGACCGCAUGAGCAAGUUCGAGGAGAUGAAGGCCAACUUCACCAACAUCUAUGUCAAGAACGUCGACACCGAGGUCACCGACGACGAGUUCCGUGAGCUCUUCGAGAAGUACGGUCAGAUCACCUCUGCUUCUCUUGCACACGACGACUCAGGCAAGAGCCGUGGCUUCGGAUUCGUCAACUACAUCAGGCAUGAGGAUGCUGCUACCGCUGUCGAUAACUUGAAUGAUUCCGACUUCCGCGGUAACAAGCUCUACGUUGGACGUGCACAGAAGAAGCACGAGCGCGAGGAGGAGCUCCGCAAGCAGUACGAGGCCGCUCGCCUUGAGAAGCAGUCCAAGUACCAGGGUGUCAACUUGUACAUCAAGAACCUUGAUGAUGACGUUGACGACGAGAAGCUCCGUGAGCUCUUCACUCCUUUCGGUACCAUUACCUCUGCCAAGGUCAUGCGUGAUGCCAUGCCUGCUGAUGGCGCCGAGGCCUCCGAGGAGAAGAAGGAGGAGCCCGCCGCGAAGAAGGAGGGCGAGGAGGAGCCCGCCAAGGAUGAGGAGAAGAAGGAGAGCUCCGACGAGGAGAAGAGCGAGAAGAAGGACAAGGUGACCAUCAAGGGCGAGAAGAAGAUUCUCGGCAAGAGCAAGGGCUUCGGCUUCGUCUGCUUUAGCAACCCUGAUGAGGCUACCAAGGCAGUCACCGAGAUGAACCAGAAGAUGAUCAACGGCAAGCCGUUGUACGUCGCUUUGGCUCAGCGCAAGGAUGUCCGCAAGAACCAGCUCGAGGCCACCAUCCAGGCCCGCAACCAGCUCCGCAUGCAGCAACAGCAGCAGCAGCAAUUUGGUGGCUUCCCUGGCAUGAUCCUCCCCGGGCAGCAGCCGCUCAUGUUCCCUCCUGGCCGCGGUCAGGUCCCAUUCCCCCAGGGCGUUCCCGCCGGUGGUCAGGGAGGCCGUGGAGCUGGAUUCCCCGGAGGCAUUCCUGGCCAGCAGGGUGGACGUGGUGGACCUAACCAGCAAAUCCCCCCCAUGUACAUGCCACCAGGCAUGGCUCCCGGUGCUUUCCCUCCUCAGUACAUGAACCCUCAAUACCUCCAGCUUGCCCAAGCUGCUCAGCAGGCUGCUAUGGGAGGCCGUGGCGGUCCUCGUGGCGGUAUGCCUCAGAUGCCUGGUAUGCAACCCCAGAUGGGUGGCGUCCCCGGAAUCCGUGGCGGACAGUCCUUCCCUCAAGGAGGACCCCAGGGUGGUCGCGGUGGAAACGCAGGAGGUCGUCAAGGCCAGCCACCUGCUCAAGGCGGGUUCCCGCAAGGUCGCCCUGGACCCCCAUCCGGCCCAUCUGGCGCUGGUGUUGACCUCAGUGUCUUGAACGCUGCUCCUGCUCCUCAGCAGAAGCAGAUGUUGGGUGAGGCUCUUUACCCCAAGAUCCACGAGUUGCAGCCCGAGUUAGCCGGCAAGAUCACUGGUAUGCUCUUGGAGAUGGACAACUCCGAGCUCAUCAACCUUACUUCCGACGAGUCUGCUCUUCGCGCCAAGGUCGAGGAGGCCAUGAGCGUCUACGACGAGUACCUCAAGAACAAGGAAGGCGAUGCACCAAAGGAGGAGGCCAAGGAGGAGGCCAAGGAGGAGAAGGCAUAGAUGCCUACCUUUAGAUGAAUCGGCCAUUCUAGUCUCACAUCACCACGACGCGGCAUGGCAGCUAACGAUUCUCUACUGACGACUUCUCUUCGGCGAACGGCGUAUUUCUUACGGUUUCUUUUACUAUCGGCGGACGCACUCAUGAUUACACCCAAAAGUUCCCCUGCUUAUGGUCGAUUUCUUUCCUUGUGCCUCACUCUCGUCCUUGCUUUCGGCGCCAAACGGCCAAA